AUGGCGGAUCCUGCUACUGCAACGAUGGCGACUCCGAUCAGCUUCAGCGAUCCCUUGGACACAGCCAACCUUAAAGAUCGCUCAGUUCUGAUUACUGGCGCGGCAUCCGGCAUCGGUCUAGCCUGCGCAAUCAAGAUGGCUGAAGCAGGCGCAAUUGUCACAAUGGCCGACCUGCAAGAUACAGCGGGGGCAGCGAUUGAGGAACUAAGGGCUCGAGGGCUCAGAGCGCAGUUCGUACAAUGCGACGUAACAUCUUACGAGGCUCAAGCCUCUAUGUUCCAGUCAGCAAUACAAUUUGGCAAUGGGCAGAUCGAUGUUGUAGUUCCUAAUGCAGGUAUCCUUGCUGAAAAGAAUGUUUUCGAUAUGGUGCCAGCCACGUUACCAAACCCUGGAGAUACGCCGCCUCCUCCUCCAAGUUUUGCUUGCUUGUCCGUCAACCUUCACGCUGUAUACAAUACUUGCUAUCUUGCGCUACAUCACUUCCGCCUCCCGCGCAGAGCAGCAACAACGUUCGAACCCAGCAUCGUUCUCAUCGCCUCGUUGGCAGCCUACAUUGGCUACCCAUACAGCACUACGUACAGCAUGUCUAAGUUCGGCGUUCGUGGACUCUUCUACAGCCUACGCGAGCGCGCUAUGCACUCUUCGAUUCGCAUCAACCUCGUUGCGCCGUGGUUCGUCGAUACUGCCAUCACCAAACAGGCCGACUUCCUACAGGACAACGGUGCCGUGCUUGGUAUCGUAGGGUAUGCGUCGAUGGAUAGGGUGGUAGAUGCUGUCAUGAGGUUCUCAUCGAUUCGAGAUCUGUGCGGAAGAAGCGUGGGUAUCUUUCCAAGGGGCAGUGAGGAUGUACAUGAUGAUUUAGAGGGUGGGUAUGGUGGUGCGGUCGUGGGCAAGCACAUGCAUGAGAUCAAGGAGGUUAUUGCGCAAGAGACACAGAAGCAGGCGCAAAACGGGGCCUAA